GUGUAACCCCCACACAACACCCCUCGUUACCACCGUCACGGGUACCGCAAACUUUGACCCAUCAACAACAGAUGGCGAGGAACCGCGAGUUGGGUAACCAAAGACCGUUCGCUCCUGGUACCGGUCAGUCUAGCCCGGUCAUGCCAACACCUGCUUUUAACAAGCCGCCACCUGCUGUGGAGCCCCCCGAGCCUUGUAACAGGAUUAUAAGCAAACGAAGCAUCCAAGAGAUAGUUGCUCAGAUUGAUCCAGCUGAACGGUUAGAUCCUGAGGUGGAGCUUAUAUACAUGGUAAUAGGAGAAGGAGUGGAGAUGCAGAAGGGGUGGCGGUGGAUGUUAGCAGGUGAGGAAGCGGUGGCGGUGAUGGUGGCAGUUGUUGGUGGAGAGAGGGAGAGGGAGAGUUAUUAUAAGAAUGGUAUUUUGGAGGGAAGAAAGCAAAAACCCUCAAAAGUUGCAAAUCCCGCCCAAUUUCCUCACACCUCUCUCUCUCUCUCUCUCUCAAUCUUCCAAAAGAUUCCCCAAAUCAAAACCCCCAAAAUCUUCCAUCUUCCCACCAUUACUUCAUUCGCAUUUUCAUCUCCCUCCCCAAUUGUUUCUCGAUCCGGUUAUCAGCUUGAGGAUUUGUUUACUAAUUCAACACAUAAAGUAGCAAUGGAGUGUGAAAGUCAAUCUGAAGUUGUAGAACGCGAGAGUGUAGUUGAUUGUGGUGAUAAAAUGAAGACUGUUAAUGGAUUUGAGAACAUUAUACCAUCGUAUAUGGUUCUUCAUGACUCGUUGGAUGGUAGCGAGACUGGUGGUGAUGAUACCGCGGAAGAGAAAGUGAAGGCUGAAAACACGACUGUGUUUUUGCAAGAAGAAUGUAAGAAAGAGGUGACUGAUGGUUCAAAUGUCACUAAUGAGAAUGGUGAAGGUUCUUUGGGGAUUAAGAAGUGUAAAAGGGGAAGGAAGAAGAAAGUUAAGGAAAGUUCUGAUUGUGUUAGAGAUAAUAGUCCUAAAAUGGUUAAAGAUGAUAAAGAUGGAGUUGAAGUCACGGGUCGGUUGUUGCGGUCAAGGACUAAGACAAUAAGUGGCAGAACCACGGUGGAUGAGAGCCGGCUUAACGAGAGCGUUGUUGGUUUCAAAAGAAAAAUGGAAACUGAAUGUUUCGACCACUCUGAAUUCCAGAAAGAAGUAAAAAAAAGCAGUCAACUUGCGGGUAGACCACAGAAGAAACAAAAACGUCGUGGGAGACCUCCUAAGACUGACGGUGAAGCUGGUUCUAGAAGAAAGAUGAAAGAUGAAUGUUUUGACCAAAAUGAGAUCCAAAAAGAAGUCAAUGAAAAAAGUCAACUGUUGGGUAGACCACAGAAGAAACAUAAACGUCGUGGGCGACCUUCUAAGAUGGACAAAGAAUGUUUGGACCAAAUUGACCUCCAGAAAGAAACCAACGAAAGCAAUCAAGUAACUGGUAAACAACAGAAGAAAACUCAAGUGGAAAAACACAAAGAUACAAGCGUUGAAGAGACUGUUGAAGGCGAGAGUACAACACAGUUGAACAAUAUAAUGUCAUCUGAAGAAAGGCAACAGAAACGGAACUUUCUUAGAGAACAAAUAGCUAGUAUGCUUAUGAAAGCGAAAUGGACAAUUGAGUAUAGGCCAAGGCAAGGAAGAGAAUACCUGGAUGCAGUAUACGUCGAUAAAAAAGGGGGAACACACUGGUCUAUCACCAAAGCUUAUUACUCUUUAAAAAAGAGAGUAGAAAAAGGUGACGCUGAUGAUAAAGAAAUUUCUGCGUUUACUCCAAUACCCGAUGAAGAAAUGAACGUUUUAUUCAGGUCUGUUUCGAAGAUUAGAAGUGAUAAGAACAAGAAGAAAGGCAAAAAAAGCAAGAAUCCAUGUAAGGCCGCAAUAGUUAUCGGUGAAGAUGCGUCAUAUAAAACACUCAACAAGAAGGGCAAAGGCGGUAAAAAGAAGAAAGGUGUUCUUAAAUCUGCUGUAACUUUGGCUAACAAAUCAUCAAAUGUCAAAGUGAAAAAAGAUAAAGUUAGACAUGAACAAGGUGUUAUUGCUGAGUCAGCAGUUAAAAGACGGUCAAAAGUAAGUCAAAAAGGUAGGCAGAGUAGAAAACCAUGCUUGGUAGCUCGUAGCUCUAAAAAGGGUGCGGAUCAAGAUAAUGAUGACUGUAACGGGAAAAGAAAUAUUUUAUCUUGGAUGAUAGAUUCAGGUGUUAUUACGCUAGGUGGUAAAUUGACGUGCAAGGAAGGUAGAAGGAGAAACAAGUUGCUUGAGGGCCAAGUUACAAGUGAUGGGAUUCAUUGUAGUUGUUGUAACAAAACUAUGGAUGUAUUAGAUUUUGUGUCUCAUGGUGGCGGCAAACUCGAUCAGGCACUUAAAAACAUACAUUAUCAGUCUGGACCGUCUCUUUAUAAGUGUUUGAUGGAAUCUUGGAAUAAAGAAGUCGGGUUAACGAAUAUAAGAUUUAAUCAUGUUGAUGUUAAGGGUGAUGAUCCUAAUGAUGACACAUGCAAUGUUUGCGGAGAUGGUGGUGAUUUGAUAUGUUGUGAUGGCUGCCCUUCAACAUUUCAUCAGAGCUGCCUUGAUUCCCAGAACUUUCCUUCUGGUGACUGGCAUUGUAUAUACUGCUGUUGCAAGUUUUGUGGGCUAGUUGCGUGUGGUACUACAUCUGAAAUGAUCAAAUGCUGUUUGUGUGAGGAAAAAUUUCACCACUCGUGCUUACAAGAAGAAAAUGUGAUAGAUGUUGGUUCCAGUAGCUUAUCUUUUUGUGGCGGGAAAUGCCAUGAGCUCUAUGAGCAACUGCAGGGGUAUAUUGGGGUCAAAUUUGAACUUAAAGAAGGUUAUUCAUGGACUCUACUUAAGCGUUGUGAUCUUAGCCAAGACGUUGAUGAUCCAAUGAAGGUUCAAUGCAAUUCCAAAUUAGCUGUCGCAUUCUCUGUUAUGGAUGAAUGUUUUGUGCCAGUUAUGGAUGAAAGAAGUGGAGUCAAUAGGAUUCACAAUGUUGUUUACAACUGUGGGUCAAACUUCAGGAGGCUGGAUUAUUCUGGAUUUCUUACAGCAAUUUUGGAAAAGGGCGGUGAAUUAAUCUCAGCAGCAUCCAUAAGAAUCCAUGGAAACCGGUUAGCAGAAAUGCCUUUUAUUGGUACCCGUCACAUGUAUAGGCGUCAAGGGAUGUGUCGUCGGCUUUUGGAUGCAAUUGAAGCCGCUCUUUGUUCUCUCGGUGUUGAUGAGCUGGUGAUUCCUGCGAUCCCUGAUCUUUAUGAAACAUGGACCAAGGUGUUCGGCUUCAAGCCGCUUACGGAAUCGUUGAGGCAGGCAAUGAAGGGUAUGAAUUUGAUCGUGUUUCCUGGUACCGAUAUGCUUCACAAACCUCUUCUCGAGAAUCAGUUCGCCGAUAAGAAUCUUAAUUCAGUCGCAGUAUCAGGUGACAAAGCUGUGGAAUGUAUCACAACGGAGAAUGACGACAAUACCCUUUCUAAUGAGCAAACUCUUGCUACACAUCUUGAAUCUGAAACACCCACAACCUCUUUUCAAACGUCUGACGAUGAACAUAAAUCGGUUGGUUUGGUCAACAAUGAUGACACUGGGGUGGUCAAAACGUGUCAUGUGACUUCCACAUCUAUUCCAAAGAAUAGUUUCGAUUUGAAUCUUCAACCUGCUGGAACUGAUACUGAUAUCCAACCAAUUGAUGACAAGUCUAUUUCAAGUGACUCACAAGUGUGCAAAAACCCGUUCGAGCUAUCAGACUCAAUGGUUCAAGUUGACAAAACCACACCUCUUGUUUUGGUUUGACUGGUGGAUUGCUGUAAAGAAGAACAAAGCAAGUUAGCAGUUUUGGGUGCUUGUUUAUGAGAGCUGAUUGGCUUAAUGUGAGGGUUUGUAAGUUGUUAAACAUGCUGUCUGUAAGUAAAUCUUUGUAGUGAACUUUUGGCUCCUAUGUCACAUGCGAUUACCAGAAUUCAAAUUGGAGUUUAGAGUUUAUGUCAAUGGUACUAUAGCCAACUUCUGGGGCUGAAAAGUUGUUGUAUGCAUCAUCGAGAUCUAUGUUUAUCAAAUUGGUUUUUUGGGUUAUUUGUA